AUGCGACCAAACUUAGAUUCCUCCUCCUCCCAACAUAACCCUACAACACCUUAUUUUCCAACCAUGUGUCCGCCACAACAACCGCAAUAUAAUUUUGGCGAGGAUCUUAACGUCAGUGAUUAUGAUUUACUGGAAAGCAUUUGGUCUCCUCCACAAGCUACAGCUCCUAGUCAAGAAAAUCCUCCAACAUCAGAUGCAACACAACAAAAUCCUCCAACAAUAGAGACCGAACAACAAUAUGGUUUUGGUCAUCGUGCUCCGCGACCGCGUUAUUGUUUUACUGGUACUCGUUUUGGACCGGGUCAUCAGUAUUAA